UCGAAACUCUUGAGAAGUUGAAUAAACGACGUUCGGCGACGCCGCCAAAAUCGUGCAGGAUAUGUAACGCAGUGUAAUACUUCUGCGACGUUAAUGCUGCCGUGAUCGUACGGCUAGCGGUCUGCAACACAUGAGCGGGCACGCUCGAUGACGUGGCAACGCUCUGAGUAAUCCGUCUACUCGGUCCUAGCAGACGACGGGACGCCCAUCUCCUGUGCAUCAAGCUGUCAUCUGUCGUGAUCAAGCGAUACCGGUGGGACCGUGAUGGAGCUGGACUUGCUGGUGGCAGUGCUUGGGUUUGUGGUACUCAUGUUCCUGUUCGCCAGGUACGGCAGAAGCAUCCUGAAUGGCACUGGCUCGUCGGUGACCUACGUUGCCCAACGCAAGGAUUUUUGUCCCAUGGUAGAAGUGGGAAACCCAUUUGUCCUGGCCUGCAGGAGUAGCGCCGAUCCAGGGGGCGUAACACUCCAGCUUUGGAGCGACUGUCCAUGCCAGGUGUGGCUCUACUGGGGUUUGAGCUAUGCAGCUCUGGCAACUUGGCCACGACUGGGCUGGCCGAGGCUGCGUGAGGCGGCGCAAGCAGGCAGUCUCUGGGCGCCACCUCAAGACUGCAUACUCCAGGAACCCCCUAUCACCCUUGACAGCUACCAGCGACAUGUGUGGCAUGGUGAGAGCCCCGCCCUUCCAGAGCGCGAGCCACGAGUGUCACUUGGUGCACUUUUUGUACGGCUUUCUGAGGCGGAGCCCAUGGAAGUUGUGGCCCUGGUCGGGGCCGUGGAGCUUGUGUCUGGCGGGCCUCGGCUGCUGGCCCAGCACGUGAAGCUGUCAGGUGGCCAGAGCUGGCCCCUACGCACGCUGUUCACGCCCUCGGGGGCCUCCUGCAUGGUGUGCCAGGUGGAACCGGCUAACCUGGCGUUGCUGCCGUGUCGACACGCCGGACUGUGCGUCGCCUGCUUCUCACGCGUGCAGACCUGUCCAGUUUGCAGGGCUCGCAUCCUUUCCUGCUUUCACGUCAAUCCUCAAGCACUAGACUCUACAGAGUCGCCACUCCACGAAGAACAGUUGUAGUUUUGUAUAAUUCGUGCGACGAUUACGCGGACAUGGCACGGGUUACGUUUCAAGUGCGGUGCAGUGUACGUACUCACGCACUUUUAUGAGCAUGGUGAAACAAGCGGAUCCGUACUCUGAGCUCCGUACUAUGAUCUCCAUACCACGAUUUCCGUACUAUGAACUCUGUACUUUUACGGACUUGGAGAAGCGCCAGCUGGUCUCUGGAUGCCUAUGUAAAAAUCACAGUGUGCGCCCACAGGCUGGCUUCCUCAUUCUUUUAAAACCCUUGUGCCACAGUGCUCCUGCGUUUGGUGGGCAUGUUGUUUGAACUUCG